CAAAUACUCUCAUAUGCUUGCAAAACAAAGCUCUCUCUUCAAAAUGGACAUAUAAAAGGAGGAGGGACACCAUUAACCUUUGCCUGAAGUGCAAUAGCUUUAAAAGACCUGUUAUUUUGAGCUGCUGGAGAAGAGCACCCUCAGGAAGCCUGUCUGAAACUUUAGACAUGCUUCAGUGUUGAUAUUUUACAUGAGCCUGAUCCAUCCAUCUCUCAGACAGAGGUGACCUGGCUUGUGGUCUUGGAGAACAAUGACUAACAUGGUAACAGAGAUUGUUGCUUUUCUGCUUACCAUAUCUGGCUGGGUUCUAAUCUCCUCCACACUGCCCACUGACUACUGGAAAGUGUCCUCCGUAGAUGGAACUGUCAUAACUACAGCAACCUUUUGGUCCAAUCUUUGGAAAACAUGUGUUACAGAUUCCACUGGAGUCUCCAACUGCAAGGACUUUCCCUCCAUGCUGGCUUUGGAUGCUUAUAUUCAGGUGUGCCGUGGACUCAUGAUCUCAGCUGUGUGUCUGGGCUUCUUUGGAGCCAUUUUGGCCCUGGUGGGAAUGAAAUGCACAAAGAUAGGGGGCUCCGAGACCACCAAGGCGAGGAUAACCUGCCUGUCUGGACUGCAUUUUAUCCUCAGUGGUAUCUGUUCAUUGACGACAUGUUCAUUAUAUGCACACAGGAUCACCUCUGAGUUUUUUGACCCUCUAUUUGUGGCACAAAAGUUUGAGCUGGGGGCUGCUCUCUUUAUUGGCUGGGCAGGAUCUGUGCUCUGCAUCCUGGGAGGCUUUAUUUUCUGCUUCUCCAUGAGUGAAGGCUUCAGCAUGAGGGAAUACUCCUACAAUGGAGCCACUUCAUUCUUAUCAACUCGAAACAAAAAGAGUCCUGAUGGUCCUCAUAAAGAUGCAGCUGAUCAUAGCAGCUCUGCCAGACAGUUUGGGAGGAACGCCUAUGUGUGAAAUACUCCCACAGGAAAUCUCACAAUAAAAUCAUUCUACCGCAUUGUCAUAGCAGGAAUAACUUUCCAGACACAUGAUUUAGAAGGAAUUAACAGAGAACAUCUUUCAUGGGUGUGCCCCUUGCUGAACUGAGGCCUGACAACCACCUGAAUUGAUGACAGACAUUUAAGAUGGUGGUUCCUGCUGUGCUCCUCUGUUUGUGGGAACAUGUUGUCUAGAUGUGGAAAUUGGAUCGGAAGUCACUUCCUCAGGACCUGAUGUCUGUCUCCACCUUCUGAUCAAUGGAAACCCUAGACCUUGACCUCUGUUCCUCAAACAUUUCUGGAGCUCCUCUGUACUAGCAACAGUGGUCCAACUUCAAGUUCCAGCCAGGUGUUUCCGUAAAACAUGUCUUAGGUGUCUCAGUGAUAUGUGACGUCUUGUGGAAUUUACUAACAAAAUCUAAUAAAGCACUUCUAUUUCUUUAUAUAUAGGCCAGCCUGAACUAGGAGUAGCAACUGACUGAACACUGGACAGUCUAAAUAGGAUGGUUAUGUUUUGAAAGGACAUCAGGGAAUGCCAUUAGCAACAGCCAUGCAUAAUCAAGCUCACAUACCUUUAAGAAAUCUGCCUUGUGGUUGUUCAGCAUAUGAGUUUUGUCAUUAUUUCUUGCUCACACAGUAAUUACCUGUUUUGUUGUAUUUUGCAUUUGCUUGACUUGGAAUAAGCUAUCAUUCCUCUUAAGAGUGUGCGGAAAUAUUAAUCAAAACCACACACAAACUGAUAAAGGGAGGAUGGCAAAAAACAAUAGUCAUCUAAAAGUUCCUUUUCCUUGUACAGUCACUCUUUUAUUGAUAACAAGUAUGCCCUUCUUCAUUAUGUUUCGUCUUAUGAAUUAGGUGAAUGUGUGCAUCUACAGUGCUUCAUAAAAUGUAUUCUACAAAGGCUGGCAUUAAUCUUUCAGGGAUUGUCCUCCAAUGUGCAAAAAUAACCACCAGGGGGCUGCAUACAUUACCAUUGUAAAGGCUAAAACUAUACACCCCUGUAAUGCAGUUGCUGGAGAUUUCAAAAAGGUGAAAAUUUACAGAAGAAGCAUGAUGCCUGAAUGCAUAAUAUGCAUAUGAUCUAACUGUAAGAGCUAAAACCCCAAGACAUAAAGAUCAAUUUGACAUUUUUAACAAUAUGGUUCAUGUACAGUUUAUGCAAUCCUGCUUAUGAUGGAGUAUGAUACUUAUAAGAUCUAAAAAUGUAAAUGAUAUCAUCAGAAAGUAUAAAGAGUUUUCACCAAGUUUUCUGUGUGCUGACUUUGACAUCAUUUUUGACCUAUUCGAAUGCAUCAUAGACAAAUAAUGUAAACCAAAUAAAAUCUUCUAAAUGUGG